AUGAAAAGAUUUUUUUCAACUCAGCAAGCUCAAAAAGGCAAGCAAAAACAGUCUGAAUCUCAUGGUGAAGCUUCAUCUAGUGAAAGACCAGAUUCAACAAAACCAUCUGGACCUGAUCUAAAAUGGAUGGAUAACGGAAAUAAUGUAUGGUUAGAAUAUAGAGAUGUAUAUGGAGUAGUAUUGAUGUUUUGUAGAUGGUGCGAAGUGAAAAAAUACACAAAUGAGUUUGCAAAAGGAACAAGUAAUUACCAAAAACAAAGUAUUGAUCGACAUCUUGCUCAUCAUGAACAUAAAGCAGAAGCAGAGGCAAAAAAAUCCAAUCAAAAUAAUUUAGUAGUUACAUUUUCACGUCAAUUAGAUGCAAAUAAAAUUAAAGUUAUAACGCAAAUGCA